AUGAGUAGUGCAGAGAUAACUAGUUUAAUUGACAUAAUAUAGAUAGUAAGUGUAUUAGAAACCGAUUUAUAACAGUAGAUUGAAAAAAUUAAAAAAAAUUGGUAAAUAUUUAGUGUUUAGGUAUGUGAAGAUACUUCUAAUACUAGUUAAAAAAUAAUUCCAAAAGUAAAUAACCUAAAAUUUAAAACUAUUAUUUAUUUAGCAAACGAUGAUAAUAGCUUUUACAGAGUAGUAUUUAUUUACUACCUAAUUAAUUUGUUUGCUCAUGGUUAAUAGCAAUAGAUCGAAAACUUUAUAAGAACCAUUUAUUAGUUUAUUGAAAGUAAUCAAGAAAAUAUCCAACUCUAUUAAUAACUUUAGGAGUUAGAUUAAAUUUUUAAAUCAAGUGCAGUUCGAUUUAUUGCCUUCUUGAAUAAAUGGAGGCAGUAAGAGAAAUAAAAUGUAAUUUCUGAUAUUUUAAAUGACUUCUCUACAUAAAAUAUUUUAGAUUUUAUCACUGUUGUGAUUUGCAAAAAAUUAUUUUUAGUUUGCUUUGAAAAAAGUGGACUAUUAGAGAUUUUUGAAGGAUAAGAUAAAUGUAAAUAGAAAGAAGAGAUUGAAAAAAAUCUACUAGAAUUAGAGAGAAAAAUCAAUUUUUAAAUAGUUAGCUUAGCAUCUGAAACAUUUUAAUCAAACAUCGAUAUCUAUUUUGUUGAUGGUGGAUAAUUCAAAGAAACUUUGACAUUUACUCCAUUUGUAAACUAAGUUAAAGAAGAUAAUAAAAUAAAUAUCCUUUUUUCAAAUGGUAAUAAUUAUAUUUUGUUGGAGAAGGACAUAAAAAGAUUAAGCUUAGAAAAAUUUGAUCGCAGGACUUUAGAAAAUUAAAUGAUAUAUUUAAGUUCUAUAUAAUAAUAAUAAAGUGAUGAUUUUUCAUAAUCUUAAAAGCUUGAUACGUGUAAAGGCUGUAAUAAAAUUAAAUAAUGUCUUUACAUAGAAUAUUAAUACCGUUGCUAGGAUUGCAUCAAUACUUAUUACUACUAAAAAUAAGAAGUUUAACAAAUAAAUCAAGAUAAUUAAUAGCUUCUUCAAAAUGAAAAUAAAAAAAUGUAUGAAAUGUUUAAGCAAGCAGCCUAUAUAAUCUAGAGAAAAUAAUCUUAGCCUUAGUAAGUUUUCAAUCAAGCAAAUCAAGUACAUUCCUAAAACAUAAAUAAUUUUGAUAAUUAAAAUCCUUAUUAAUAAAUUAAUAACAUGUAAUAUUCUGGAACAUAUUUUUUUCCUUAAUAAUAACCACAAUAAUAAUAACAAUCAUAACCACAAUAAUAAUAAUAAUAGCGAGAACAAUCAAGAUAAGUACCUUAAUAAUAUCAAUAAAUUCAAUAAUAAUAUUAACAAAAUUAAUAUUAAUAACAAAUUUAAAACUAAUAGUUAAAUUAACAAGGUUAAGCUUAAAGGUAUUAUUAAAAUUAAGGACCAAAUUAGCUUAUGAAUAGGUUAUAGGAAUAAGAAUAACACUAAAAAUUUAAUUAACCUUUGUAGUAAAAUAAUAACAAUUUUUAAUUUUAAAGAUAAGCACACUAAAUUUAAGGACAAAACUAAUAAUAUUAUUAAUAAUAAGGCAUUUAAUAAUAAAGAUAAAAUUAGAAUUAUUAAUCAUAUUAGUAGCGACCAUAAUAAAAUUAACCUUAAAAUUAACAGAAUUGUUUUAAUUAAUAAUAACAAAUUUAAAAUUAAGCAUACAAUCCAUUCAAUCCAUAACCUAAUUAGCAAAAUUAAGUAUUGAGUAAUAUUCCUGGUUAAUAACAUUAAUUUUAUUUUGCUAAAAAUGUAAAAGAGGCUUCUUUUUAACAAAAGCAAUUUAAAAUUACGAAUUAAGGUAAUAAUCAGUAGAAUUGA